AUGUCCUCGCCAAGACACAAGAUGGAAGGCACAGAGGUCCAGGAAACGACUCAGGUCUCUUUAAGCCCCAGUCAGAAACCAGAAACAUCAUUGCACGAGCAUGUCAGUGUUGGGUUGGAAGACAUGCACGAUGUGUCCUCACAGCUCCUGUGGAGUAGAAUAAGAGAGUACGGCCGUGAAGCCUUUUCUGAAUUCUUCGGCACUAUGAUCUUGGUCCUGUUUGGAGACGGCGUGGUCGCCCAGGUUACGCUCAGUCACAACGAGAAGGGGAAUUACCAGUCUAUUUCAUGGGGCUGGGGGCUCGGAGUCAUGCUUGGAGUCUACGCCAGUGGUGCAUCAGGGUCACACAUCAACCCCGCCGUGACAUUAGCCAACUGCGUCCUGCGCAAAUUCCCCUGGCGCAAGUGGCCCAUCUACGCGGUUGCGCAGCUCCUAGGCGGCAUGUGCGCCGCAGCCAUCAUCUACGGUAACUACAGAUCGGCCAUCGAUGUAUACGAAGGCGGCUCCGACAUUAGAACCGUCCCGGGGUAUUCCUCCACCGCCACCGCGGGCAUCUUCUGCACAUACCCGGCCGAAUUCAUGACGCGCACGGGCCAGUUCUUCUCCGAGUUCAUCUCCAGUGCCCUUCUGAUGUUCAUGAUCUUCGCACUGAAAGACGACAGCAACCUUGGAGCCGGUCCGCUGACUCCUCUGGGCCUCUUCUUCGUGAUCUUUGGCAUUGGGGCCUGUUUCGGAUGGGAAACGGGCUAUGCCAUUAACCUGGCUCGAGACUUUGGACCCCGUCUUGUAUCCUACAUGAUCGGAUACGGGCCGGAAGUGUGGAAGGCUGGCAAUUAUUACUUCUGGGUCCCCAUCGUUGCUCCUUUCUUCGGAUGUACCUUUGGCGGCUGGGUCUACGACAUGUUCCUCUACACGGGGACCGACAGCCCCGUGAACACCCCCUAUCUCGGACUUCGGAGACUCAUCCAACCUGCGGUGAAUCGAAAGCAUGUUGCCGCGCUAAGUCACGUAUAG